CUUGCGAAUGGCAGCAAGUCAGUGUUAACCCAUUGUCUUCUGCGCCCUGAUCUGCCAGCGCACGAACCGAAAUCCUCCAGGGUGUGCCAUGGAAACGGAUCCAUUCAAGCCUUUUGUCAAGCGAGCUGCUUCCUGGUCACUUGAGCACAGCCAGAUGUUGGUGAAUCUGUGGUGUGAGGCCAGUAAAACGGUGGAUUUCAGCAAAAGCACCAGGAAUGACCACCUGUACCAGCAGAUCUCUCAAAAACUGGCCGCGGUGCAGAUUUUCCGGACAAGUGACCAGUGCCGGGAGCGAAUUAAAAGGCUAAAGCGAGAGUACAGGAGGACCAGGGAUAAGAAUCGCUCCUCGGGCAACUCACCAAUGACAUGCCCAUUUUAUGAGGACUUUGACCGAGUCCUGAGCUCGGUGCCCAGCCUAGAGCCAACCGCGCUUCAUGACGACCUGGUGAGCCGGGAGGGUGCCCUGCUGGCCCCCGAAUCCAGCCUGGGGACCGAUUGCAGGCAGCAGCGGGCUCCCAGCCAGGAUCACGAAGUGACUUUUUUAAUGCAACCAGUUCCAGAGCAGAAAGUGGAUCAGGACCCACAGCAAAUGCUCAGUCCCUACUCAGAAGAGCUGUUUGAUCCUCCUGCCUCUGGAGAACAGCCCUCUGAGAACCCGGUGGAGACAGAAGCGGCCCUAGAACCCGCCGGACCCUCAAGCUACACAGCCUGCUGUUCUUCAGGAACUCCAUCCCUGGCCCAGCGUACCCUCGCGGACCGUUCCAAAAGAAAGCGUUUCCGUGACGAAGUCAUGGUCCAUGUUCUUCAGAGGGUAGAGCAGCAGAUGCAGUACCAGAAGCAGAGGGAUGAAAGACUGGAACAACGGCGUGCUGAGAGGCAGGUGGAGCGGCUGAGGCUCGCCAUCCAGCUGGAGGCAAGCGUUUCAGCCAGGGAGCAGGCACUUGCAAAACAGUUCCUGGAACAGGAACGGCAGCUAAGGGAGGAGGACAGAGCCCAACAGAGAGAACUGUUCCAGCAACUCCUGUCUAUAAUGGCUGCAAGAGCACAAGCCCCUGCUACCUCUCCCACACCACGGCAUGAUGCCCCAUCAACGUACCCUCAGCCCAGCAGUAGGUGGGGACUUUCCCUGCCUGGAACCAGCCCCCUAGAGCAGCUCUCGGCUCUGCUGACUUCAACCCCUGAGCCGGGGACACCAGGCUGCAGAAUAACGUCCAUGUUUCGCUCCUGCUCAUCCCCUCUUCCCGGGCGACAGGGAAGGGAAAUGGCCGCUGUGGAGCCAGUUCAGCGACCGGUGACCUUCGAGGAGGUGGCUGUGUAUUUCACCAGGGAAGAGUGGGCUCUGCUGGACCCCGCUCAGAGAGCCCUCUACAGAGAUGUCAUGCAGGAGAACUAUGAGAAUGUGACCUCGCUGGGGUUUCCAGUUUCCAAACCUGAUGUGAUCUCCCAGCUGGAAUGGGAGGAGGAGCCAUGGGUCCCAGAUCUCCAGGGCUCAGGAGAAAGAGAGAUCCUGAGAGGCAGCCGCACAGGAGAGGAAUCAUUCAACCAACUCAGAAACUGUGAUGGGAUGGUGAGUGCGGAUGCAGAACAGAAUUCUGAGCAGGAAGGUGCUGAGCAAGCAGAACUGCACAGAACAUUAUCACAAAGAUCGAAAGGGAAUGUGUCCAGGAGUCACGAGCAGGGAAAAACCUGGGAAAGUCAGCACAGGCCAGGAAGACAGCUGGGAAACCAAGCAGGGAGAAAGUGGAUAAAUCCAGUAAUUGUCAGGGAACUGAAAAGGACCUCAAGGAAAGCAGAGCCCAGCAGAGAAUCCCCAGAGGAGAGACAAACAACACAUGCCUUGAGUGUGGGAAAAACUUCAGUCGCCACAGUGGCCUUAUUAGACAGGAGAGACUCCACACAGGAGAGAGCCCCUAUGAAUGCUGGGAGUGUAGUACAACCUUCAGUCCAAAUGUAAACCUUUUUACACAUCAGAAAAUCCACAAGGAAUAGAGCCCCUAUGAAUGCUGGGAGUGCAGUGAAACCUUCCCUCUGCGCUUACUCUUUAUCGCAUAUCAGAAGAGCCACGCAGGACAGAGAACAUGUAGGUGCUUCUAGUGUGGGGAAAAGCUUCCAUGAGAGCUCAGCCCUUUGUCAGCAGAGAAUCCACCGGGAAGAGAAACCCCCCAAAACCUUGUCUAGAGCUGACAAAAGAUUGUUUUUCUUCAGUGCCACAUAGUGACCUUUAAGGCUGUUUGCACCAUUUGUGUCACUCACGGGUCCCCCAGAUAAGUUUCCCACUGUUGCCUUUUGGCACCUUAAAGACUAACAGAUUUAUUUGGGCAUAAGCUUUCAUGGGCUACAGCCCACUCCGUCGGAUGCAUAGAAUGGAACAUAUAGUAAGGAGAUAUAUAUACACAUACAGAGAACAUGAAAAGGUGGGAGUUGCCCUACCAACUCUAAGAGGCUAAUUAAUUAAGAUGAGCAAUUAUCAGCAGGAGAAAAAAAACUUUUGUAGUGAUAAUGACAAGAAGGUGUAAAAACAACAAGGAGACCUCAACUAACUACAUGGGUCUCCACAAGGAUUUUCCACGGCUGUAGCUGGUUUGAGUUAAAUAUCCCGUUGUAAAAACCCAAAACUUCCUGCAAUAAAGGCAUAGCCCAUUUAUAGUG